AAGAUGGAGAAAAGAGAGUCGAUCGAUUACAAAGAGAAAGCUUUUAAUCCAUCUUUUCGGUGAUCUUUGGGGGCUGCGAGCCGGUAUUUAAAUUGAACAGGAGGAGGAGACGGAGGAUGGAUAGAACCGAGGAGGUGGGGGCGGAGCUAGCUCAGCACAUAAAACCCCUUGCUUGCUAGAAGGGAAGCACGUUCGUUUGUGCCUGAGCCACUCGUCUGUGACCACGAGAGAUGGGGCAGCCUGUGCCUUGAGGACGAAGAUCUGAAGAAGGAAAACAGGGACGAGAAAACCAGCCAGAUAGAGGAGGACCUCUGGAGAAAGCGGAAGGCAGGAGACGGGGAGGGGAAAGGAACCCACGCCAGGUGGAAACAGGACCUAGAGCAAACCGGUCGGGUCUACAGUUGUUUUUCUGGAAGAGAAGAAAGUACCGGAGGAUUGCCUUUUUUUCCCUUAAGUUAAUGAAAACUACUUUUAUCCUCAUCAUAAAAGAAAAGGCUUAAGGGGAGGUAAAGACAAUCUGUUUUCUUAGGGGGAGAGCUGAGGGAAAUCCAGACUAUCUCUUUGAAGCGUCUGAAAUAAGCCGCUGCUUGGUAUAGAUUGCAGAACGGUCCUGGUUUUUGAAGAGCCACAUCCCUUUCAGGAGAAUUCCAGCCGGAGUAGCUAGUACAGUUCUAUUUUUAUAUUUAAAUGUCUAUGUCUCUUCCCCCCUCUUUUAACAACACUUUCUUUGUUUGUAAGCACGAGUAACAAGAAAGUGCCAAGACAGUAGGAAUUUUUUCAUUUUUUUCUUUUACCUGCCUGGGUCUUUUUUUAUUUUUUUAUUUUUUAAGAGGGUAGGAAUGGUCUUUUUCUCGGAAAAGGACAUUUCCAUGUGAAAGGCUCUCUCUCUAAAUAUAUUUACACCCGUAUGCAUUUAGAAAGAGAGAUACCUUUCGGAGGUUGAAAUCCUACUGAGAAACAUGGAAAAAGGAGCCAGGCAACGAAACAACACUGAAAAGAACCACCCAGGUGGGAGCAAGUCGGAGACUGGUUCUGGAGAGGGCGGAGUGGCCCUGAAGAAAGAGAUUGGAUUGGUCAGUGCUUGUGGUAUCAUUGUAGGGAACAUCAUCGGCUCUGGAAUCUUCGUCUCACCCAAAGGCGUGCUGGAGAAUGCUGGCUCUGUGGGCCUCGCUCUCAUCGUCUGGAUCGUGACAGGUCUCAUCACAGCUGUAGGAGCCCUGUGUUAUGCUGAGCUCGGGGUCACUAUCCCCAAAUCUGGAGGUGACUACUCCUACGUCAAGGACAUCUUUGGAGGACUGGCUGGGUUCCUGAGGCUGUGGAUUGCUGUGCUGGUGAUCUACCCCACCAACCAGGCCGUCAUUGCCCUCACCUUCUCCAACUACGUGCUACAGCCGCUCUUCCCCACCUGCUUCCCUCCGGAGUCUGGCCUUCGCCUCCUGGCUGCUGUCUGCUUAUUGCUCCUCACAUGGGUCAACUGUUCGAGUGUGCGGUGGGCCACCCGAGUUCAAGACGUUUUCACAGCUGGCAAGCUCCUGGCCCUGGGCCUGAUCAUCAUCAUGGGAGUUGUACAGAUCUGCAAAGGACAGUACUUCUGGCUGGAGCCAAAGAAUGCAUUUGAGAAUUUCCAGGAACCUGACAUUGGCCUCAUCGCACUGGCUUUCCUUCAGGGCUCCUUUGCCUACGGAGGCUGGAACUUCCUCAAUUAUGUGACUGAGGAACUUGUGGAUCCCUACAAGAACCUUCCCAGAGCCAUCUUCAUCUCCAUCCCACUGGUCACAUUUGUGUAUGUUUUUGCCAAUGUCGCUUAUGUCACUGCAAUGUCCCCCCAGGAGCUGCUGGCAUCAAAUGCAGUCGCUGUGACUUUUGGAGAGAAGCUCCUAGGGGUCAUGGCCUGGAUCAUGCCCAUUUCCGUCGCCCUGUCCACAUUCGGAGGAGUAAACGGGUCCCUCUUCACCUCCUCCCGGCUGUUCUUUGCUGGAGCCAGGGAGGGCCACCUUCCCAGCGUGUUGGCCAUGAUCCAUGUGAAGCGCUGCACCCCAAUCCCAGCCCUGCUCUUCACAUGCAUCUCCACCCUGCUGAUGCUUGUCACCAGUGAUAUGUACACGCUCAUCAACUACGUGGGCUUCAUCAACUACCUCUUCUAUGGCAUCACGAUUGCCGGACAGAUAGUUCUUCGCUGGAAGAAGCCUAACAUCCCCCGCCCCAUCAAGGUCAACUUGCUGUUCCCCAUCAUCUACUUGCUGUUCUGGGCCUUCCUGCUGGUCUUCAGCCUGUGGUCGGAGCCCGUGGUGUGUGGCACCGGCCUGGCUAUCAUGCUGACAGGAGUGCCCGUCUAUUUCCUGGGAGUUUACUGGCAACACAAGCCCAGGUGUUUCAAUAAGUUCAUUGAGUUGUUGACCCUGGUGAGCCAGAAGAUGUGUGUGGUCGUGUAUCCCAAGGUGGAGGAGGACUCAGGGAUGGUGGGGGUGAUGCCUGACAACAUGGAGCAGCAGCAGCAGCCCAUCUACCAGCCGGCUGCCUCCAAGGACAAGGACAGGGUGGAGUCCUGAGGACCACCAUCCCCUCUCAGCUGCUUCCUUCCUCCUUCUUCCCCCCCUUUCUUCCCUCCUUCCCUGCCUGGGCCCCCAAACACACACACACACACACACACACACACACACACACACACACACACACACACACACACACACACACACACACACACACACACACAUCCCUCUGCCUCUGCCAAGCAGGGGCAGGACCUGGGCAUGGGUGGUGAUAAACAAAGAUACUGACAUUUGUAUCCAAAGAGCCAGCCUCUUCCUGCCCCCCCCCACCUGAGGCCUGAGUCUAAAGCUUCUCCCCCUCCCCCCGCCCCAGGGGUGCCCUGCAGAGCCCUCCCUCCCAGGCCCACACCCUCAGUCAAACCCUCUCGGGAACCUGAGAGCAGUAUUGCCUUCCCUCCCCAACCCUGAGCCCAAGGGAGGCCUUCCUCCAAAGAGAAGUGGCAGCAACAGAGUCAUUUGGGAGGGGCAGACUCAAGCAAACCUGGCACCAUUAAAAGUCAGCUGGAGGAGUUCCUGCUGUAGCACAAUGGGAUCAGCAGUGUCUCUGCAUCGCAGGGGUACGGGUUCCAUCCCCAGCCCAGCAAAGCGGGUUAAGGUUCUGGCAUUGUUGCAACUGCAACCUGGUCACAGCUGUAGCUCAGAUCUGAUCCUGAGAACUCCAUAUGACAUGGGGGCAGCCAAAAAAGAAGGAAAAUUUUUAAAGGUCAGCUGGAGAGACCUAAAUCCCCCUCCCUUCACCAGGGACCCAAGAAGUCAGAUGUGAUGCUUCCCUGGGCCCUCUUCCCCACCCUCUCCACCCUCCAUCUGCCUACCCCAGCCUGGGCCCCUGUGCAAAGCAAAGUUCCUGUCAGGGCAGCAUCUCCCUACUGAGCUGGACCAACAAGCAGAAUGCCCCCUCCUCCUAACCCCAGCUAGGCUGUGGAACAGACCGAAAAAGGCUCGGAUUGCAGAAACCCAGCCCUGCCCCUGCCCCUGCAUCCUCCCCCCAACUAGGUGCCAAAGCUUCCUGAAACCAGAAAGCUUAUUUUCAAUGGACUGGACAUUUCUCUCCUAAUACAAAGCAGCUUCACUCUUCCUCCAUCCCACCCUCAAGAGAAAUAGCCCACCACUCUGUUAGCACUGCCCCCCAAACAAUGCCCCAACACAGGCAGCCAGCACAGCCAGCACCCCCAUCUUGCCCUUUGCCUCCUCUCUGGACCUUGGCUCCAGGACCGAUGGGUGUGAAGGCUCCCCAAGCCCUUCAUACCUGAAAGCUAAACCAAAUCAGCCUUAAGUUACCUCCCACCCAAGAACCAAACCUAAAAAUACCACCUCAUUUCUAACCCUCCCAGCAGACCUGGUAUGAAAAGACUUCCCUGGAGGGGAGAGCCAUUUCCCACCUCCCCAGAGGUAACUGUCACCCUGAGACUGUUGAGGGAGAAAGUGUGUUCUGAAGGACAGUUCCUCUCCCAACUCAGAGAACCCCUCCCUACUUUCUGCUCCCACCACUGACAGUCUCCAGGGCAGGAUGAGCAGAAGUGGUGUGGCAGAAGGUACUCACUUUGGAAGACCUUGGAAAAGCCCACUCUGUUGUCUAAGAGCUCGUGGCUGUCCUCUCCUGCAGGUGGUGGUUGCCCUUCCCUGUGCUCCAAAGAAGGUACCGGUGUUUGCCCUGCAUCCUUGCAGCCUCCCCGCCACACCUGUUGUACUGAGGACUGAGAUCCUUUUAUUAUCGAAAGCAGCCGUCCCACCCCCACCCCCACCCCCCGCUUCCCUCUGCUUAAACUGGAACACCUGAAGGAGUUCCCAGUGUGGCUCAGGGGCAGACCCAACUAAUAUCCAUGAGGCUUCAGGUUAGAUCCCUGGCCUGCCUCAGUGGGUUAAGGAUCUGGCAUUGCCGAGAACUGCAGUGUAGGUCCCUGACGUGGCUCAGAUCCUGCAUUGCUGUGGCUGUGGUGUGGUGUAGGCUGUCAGCUGCAGCUCCCAUUUGACCCCUAACCUGGGAACUUCAUAUGCUCCAGGUGGAAGGGGGUGCUGGAAUACUGGGGAGUCCUCCUGGCCCUCUCAUGUCUCCCAGCUUGCCUGAGCCUGCGUUAGUGAGAUGCAGGUUUGGUCCAAGUCACAGUCCCUUCAGAGUGGACUCCAGGCGGACUGGGGCUGGUCCCUGGAGGAUCAGGGGACCAUCCUCUUGUUCCCUCUUCUCAUUCCUCCAAUCUCCUUUCUUCCUUCAGUUACCAUUUUUGUUGUUGUUUUGUAUUGUUUGCUUUGUUGUUUUAUAAAGUGGAUGCCUUACUUUUGGGAUAAAUAUUUUUGAAGCUGGCAUUUCUAUUUCUUUCGGAUUUUUUAAUUUUGUGGGGGGGUUUAGUUGGAUGAUAAUCUUCUGUCUUUGAGUUGGUUUAGGUUUUAGAAUUUUGUUGUGGGGGGCCUUUUUUUGGUGGUUUUUUUUUUCUGUUGAUAUAAUAAAAUUUUGAAUGGAAA